GAGGGCGGACAAGACGGAGAACUACCGAGGCGAAGCACCUGUGGAAUCCUCUCAAGAGGACCAGUCGUUGCUGUGUGAAGGUUCAAAUUCAGCUGUUAGCAUGGAACUUUCAGAACCUGUUGUAGAAAAUGGAGAAACGGAAAUGUCCCCAGAAGAAUCAUGGGAGCACAAAGAAGAAAUAAGUGAAGCAGAGCCAGGGGGUGGUUCCUUGGGAGAUGGAAGACCACCAGAGGAAAGUGCCCAAGAAAUGAUGGAGGAGGAAGAGGAGAUACCAAAACCUAAAUCUGUGGUUGCACCUCCAGGUGCUCCUAAAAAGGAGCAUGUAAAUGUAGUAUUCAUUGGCCAUGUGGAUGCUGGCAAGUCAACCAUUGGAGGACAAAUCAUGUAUUUGACUGGAAUGGUUGACAAAAGGACACUUGAGAAAUAUGAAAGAGAAGCUAAAGAAAAAAACAGAGAAACUUGGUACUUGUCUUGGGCCUUAGACACAAAUCAGGAAGAACGAGACAAGGGUAAAACAGUAGAAGUGGGUCGUGCCUAUUUUGAAACUGAAAAGAAGCAUUUCACAAUUCUGGAUGCCCCUGGACACAAGAGUUUUGUCCCAAAUAUGAUUGGUGGUGCCUCCCAAGCUGAUUUGGCUGUGCUGGUCAUUUCAGCCAGGAAAGGGGAAUUCGAAACUGGAUUUGAAAAAGGAGGACAGACAAGAGAACAUGCAAUGUUGGCAAAGACAGCAGGUGUAAAACACUUAAUUGUGCUUAUUAAUAAGAUGGAUGACCCAACAGUAAAUUGGAGUAAUGAGAGGUAUGAAGAAUGUAAAGAGAAACUAGUGCCAUUUUUGAAAAAAGUUGGCUUCAAUCCCAAAAAGGACAUUCACUUUAUGCCCUGCUCAGGACUGACUGGAGCGAAUCUCAAAGAGCAAUCAGAUUUCUGCCCUUGGUACAUUGGAUUACCAUUUAUUCCAUAUCUGGAUAAUUUGCCAAACUUCAAUAGAUCAGUUGAUGGACCAAUCAGGCUGCCAAUUGUGGAUAAGUACAAGGAUAUGGGCACUGUGGUCCUGGGGAAGCUGGAGUCAGGAUCUAUUUGUAAAGGCCAGCAGCUUGUGAUGAUGCCAAACAAGCACAAUGUGGAAGUUCUUGGAAUACUUUCCGAUGAUGUAGAAACUGAUACUGUAGCCCCAGGUGAAAACCUCAAAAUUAGACUGAAAGGCAUUGAAGAAGAGGAGAUUCUUCCAGGAUUCAUACUUUGUGAUCCUAAUAAUCUUUGUCAUUCUGGACGCACAUUUGAUGCCCAGAUAGUGAUUAUAGAGCACAAAUCCAUCAUCUGCCCAGGGUAUAAUGCGGUGCUGCACAUUCACACCUGUAUUGAGGAAGUCGAAAUAACAGCCUUAAUCUGCUUAGUGGACAAAAAAUCAGGAGAAAAAAGUAAGACUCGACCCCGUUUUGUGAAACAAGAUCAAGUGUGCAUUGCUCGCUUAAGGACAGCAGGAACCAUCUGCCUCGAGACCUUCAAAGACUUCCCUCAGAUGGGUCGUUUUACCCUAAGAGAUGAGGGUAAAACCAUUGCAAUUGGAAAAGUUCUGAAACUGGUUCCAGAGAAAGACUAAGCAUUUCCUUUGAUGACCCUGCACAAUACUGUGAGGAGUACUGACUGCAAAAGCUUACUUCACACCGCCUUCUCUUAUUUUCUGCCCAUUGAUAAACCUCUCCCCAUAUUUUGCAAAGAGAAAAUUCACAGCAAAAGUCCACAUUAUGUCAGCUUUCUCAUAUUGAGAGCUCUGCUAUGCCACUGUUGAAUUUUUUCCAAGAUUCUCCCACCCCUUUCAAACUCUGCUUCCUUGGACAGAUUUGGCAAUAGCUUUGUAAGUGAUGUGGACAUAAUUGCCUAAAAUAAUGAAAACCUACAGGAAUUUUUUUAUUUUUCAUGUUCCCCUUAGGCAUAUUUAGUAUUUUUCCCCAGGCAGAUCAUUUUGAGUGUGCGAGUGUGUGUGCACAUGUUACAAAGACAACUACCAUGUUAAUAAAAUAUUCCAUUUGAAAUCCUUUUCGGUAUUUGAAUUGCUUUUGAAUAAUGUUUUUUAUCUGGAUGUAACAUUGUAGCAUUAGCUUUUUAACUUUCCCAAGUAAUUGAAUACAUUUUAUUACUUGGUCUUUUCUAAACUCUUUCCCUAUCCACUACUUUAAAUGAGGCAUUUACAAACAAUGUUCAAGUUUAUAUUAAAGGAAAGGAUUAGUUUGACCCCUUCUUUAGAUGGUUAAUGCAUACAUGCAAAUAAACCCCUUUAUCCAGCUAUGACACUGCUUUACUAGGUCUUUCAGUUAUUUUCUGCCAAUUUAUAUUUUAACAUGAUUUCUUAAAUAUAGUAUGUUGUUUUACAAGAACAGCAUACUGUAGUUUUUAUAUAAGUAAAGCUUAAUGAAAUUGUACCCCUACAGAAAAUUCCAUUAACUUGAUAAAUUAGUGGAAUUUACAAUUAAGCAAGCAUGUUGAGACCUGGCAAAAAUGCCUCUUUUAGUGUUUAUAAGAGCUGCAUGCAUCUAGUAUGAAAACCUUAUCAAUUGCAAGUGCCAGUUUUACAAGGUACCCAGAUGACACUUUGUAUCAUUGACUUUAAAGGUUGGAUGUUUCUUGCUGGUUGAAGCUAAAUUUCAACCCAGCUACUAAGUGAACACAUUUAGGGUCAUUAGAAUCCGCACAGACUACAAUUAACAGUGAUAAGUAGAAUCAAGCACAGUCUAAGUUUUAUCUCACUUGUUUGAAAUUGACUGAGUUUUCUUCAGUAUGAAGCUGAGAUUUGCUAGCCACGAUAUGGAUAUCCUGUGGCACAGCACUGUGGUGGUUUUUAGUUUUUAGAUUGAAGGCUGACUUUCUGCUAUAAGUGUCAUGACUCUUAAAUUUUUCAUGAGAUUAAGUGAGAAAAGGAAAACACCAUUUCUGGGUUUAUGAGAAGCCCCCUUGAUGUUGAGUAUUGCCAUUUAUCAAAGACUUGGCUUCUUUUAGAUUGUGACAUAUCUCUAACUAUGAUACUUUGUUACUGUAUAUUUGAUGACAGUUCCUUUCCCUGUAAUCUUGCUCCUCAGAAAAGAAAAGCCUAGUUAGAUUGUAUUUUCCAGUCACAAAACAUAGAAUUUAAUCUAAUAGUGUUUUCUUCACUAUGAAAUUCCCAUUUGUUUCAUGAAUGAGGCUGCUACAUCUUGUGGACAGAGCAAAGCUACUGUCCUAUAGCUUCUUAUAACUAUACUUAUGGCUAUUAAAUUGCAUGGAAUUUAAAUAAAUUUUAUUAUGUCUGCAAAUCUCUGGGCUUUUAUUUUUCUGGGAAAUAUGAGAGCUUUCAUCAACAUAAUAGUUAUUUUUAUAUUUCCAUGUUAACAAGAACAAAUACUAGCAAUUGCUUGGGUUUUAAUGAAUAAGUUCAAGAGUCACUGAAAUUAUUUCCAAAGAUAAGAGUUCCCUUUUUAAAUUGAACACAUUUCUAAAAACCGUUGUUUGCUAUUAAAACAUUUACACUUAGAAUAUUCUGUGUAUGUUGCCAAGACUCCUAAGGAAAACAACUUGGAUAUCAACUGUGAAGGACCUACCUCUAAAAAGAAUAGGUAAUAAGAUACAAAUGUCAUUAUAAAAAUUCCAUUGAAUUCUUGCACAUUUGCAAGAUUAGAUUAUUCAAGAGAAAUUUAAAUGCAAAAGUUAACCAGCACCAUGAAUUUUAUGGACUUUGAAAUUCUUUGAGAAGUAUUCCUGUUUAAAGUUGAUAAAUGUUAAACUCCUUUUUGCACUGGCUAGUCAUUUGGAUAAGGAAAUAAAACAUCUGAAGUGAACUGGCAGUGUGUGAAGAUUUUGGACCUUUAAACAGCAAUAAAAUUCCCAUGCUGUCAUCCUGUCUUACACAAGCACAAACGUGUGUAUAUGGUCAACAAUGCAAAAAUAGGGUAGUUGGCUGCAUAGUUAGGAUAUCACAUACCUAAAACAUUUCUAUCUUUAACAUAUAUUGGAAUUAUGAUUUUCUUUUCACAUUACUGAUGUUCUUUAUACAACUUUUCAUGCUAGAUUAUUUAAUUAGUUUUUUAAAUAAGAAAUGUCAUUGAAAUAAACAUUUAAGUGACUGUCAUUUUAAACCCUUAUUUCUUACUGUGGCUUGAGAAGGGAAGAUAUAGCAUUUCAUUGUUGUCUUUAAUUUGCAAAAAGAACUUACCCAGUGAAAAUCUAUGUAAAAUCAAACCUAAAGAGUUGGACUGAGUGUAUACUGUCACGAAAUUAAGUGACCAAUAGUAAAGUGUUACUGAAUAAUUAAGGCCAUGUAUUUUUUGUUUUGAAUUUAAAAUCUUGAAAUAUGUGGUAAUUGAAUGUUAAAAAACUUCAUAGACUGUAAAAGUACAGGUUAUUCAUUGUAAUAAGAGUUUAACUUGCUCAUCUGCUGAUUACAUAAACUACAAAAACUGCUUUUAUAAUAUGGGACUUUGAACUGUGCUGUAGUUGAACACUUACUGGCAUCCUUUUAGCUAAAGUGCUGCAAAUAUUUUGGGUCAUACUUGCAACCAGAUGCAGUUUUGCAACCCAAGAAAAAGUUUAACCUUUGGCCAAAAACUGCUUCCAGGAUGAUCUUCAGGAACACUAGUUCUGACUGUAAUUACUCGGUGACCUCUGACAACUAUUUCCCAUGACAGCACCCUUGCCCCUUUCCUUUCUGGCAUGGACUUCCUCAUGGAUGAUAACUCCAUUGCUUUGGAUAGGGAUCUAAGGCAGUCAAGGGAUCAGUACACAGUCUUUAUUAUGGCUCUUAACAUCAGGCAACUCUGAACCUUUAAACCCUUUGUGAAAAUUCUGGAUACAGCACUGCAGCUCUGAUUCUCAGAUGGUUUAAAUGUUAUAUUCAGUGUUGAUCUGCCUUAGCAGAACAAACUGUGCCAUUAAUCCUCUCACAGACAUACGUAAGGUAGAUUGCAAUCAGUUGGAUUUGUAGGACAAUUAUGUCUCCAAACAAUAAGACUUUUCUUUCCAGCUAACUUCUUUCAGUGGUUCUAGCAGAUGCCAUCUAAUAUAUUCAGGAUCUUGUUUCUUUCUUAGAGAUCCUGCCAUGGCAGCAACUUGUUAAAUCAAUGUAAUUGUAUAUGCACAACUCAAAAGACUUACUAGGUUUAAAUUUAGCAAUCAGUUGGUUAGAUUAGAUCUCAUAGUUAAUGGAAUAGGAAGUGUUAUUUUCCAGUAGUCAUUCAGUGGAUUCCAUUUGAACCAAUUUACUGUCAGAAUUCAGAUAGGGUAGAUUUGGUUCAACUUUUGAUGGUUUGGGCUCUAGGAUAUUCUUGAUUUUCAGUAUCCUAGAACUUACUGAGUCUUCCCUUCAAUAAAUACACUUCUCACAUACCUCUAAUCCUAUGCUUCCUUGAAACAGUAAUAUGCUAGCUGUUGUUUACUAAGGAUUAUUAUAAGGGCCUGGAGCUGUGGGAGUGGCAUAAAACCUUUAUGUUCUCCAAUAAAAGGGAAAAGCAGACUGGCACUUUGUCUGCUGAGGCAGAAAAUACUAGAACUUCUUAAAUGACCCUGAAAAGGCAAUUCUUUUUUGCCUUGUCACAUUUGCCACUGUGCCCAUGAAAACGAUGUGGAAACCUCAGGUUUGUGGACAGCGUGGGUGGAACAACAUUCUGUACUUCCUGAGGCUCUUCUGCCAGCCACAUUAGCUUAGUGCUUCUGACGUAAGCCCAAGUCCUUGCUACCUCCUUUUCCUGCUGCCCAGGAAGCGUGUGUGUGCUGGAGUUUGAGCUCUUGGCGCUGCUCAGGUGACUGUCCUCACCUCCAUUUCCUCCACAUGCAUUAGGAGAAACUGAAGUCUGGGCCUGCAAGGUCUGCAUUUCAAGGACUCACACACUGAACUCUCAGAGAUGUACACAUCUCUUAACUAGUUUCUUCUGUUUGUUCUAAAGGAAAUGUGGUUAUCUCAGGCCAGGAUUUAGUGACUAGUUUUCACUAGACAGCAGGUUAAUACCUAGAUCUCUUUUUUAAAAAAAGAAAGAAAAUAUAGAAACAGGAUUAAAGGGAACUGAUGAGGUUUGCUGAGUUUUUUAGCCUAAUUCCAAAUCAUGGAAAAGUGCUCUAAGUAGGAAAGAAACCUUUUUCUUAUGAUUUGUAGCUACCUACUGUGCCUGACUCGGUGCCUGUGUGAGGAUUAAGCCCUUAGUCUGCUCUUUCAAUUAUUCAAAUGACAAGUUAAACUUGCUUUUGUAAUAACAAUAAAAGUUGUCAUCUUCCCUUUUGAA